AUGGUAGAGAACAGGCCCCUGCACAUGUUGGUAGAGUACAGGCCCCUGCACAUAGAGUACAGGCCCCUGCGCAUAAUGGUAGAGAACAGGCCCCUGCACAUGUUGGUAGAGUACAGGCCCCUGCACAUAGAGUACAGGCCCCUGCGCAUAAUGGUAGAGAACAGGCCCCUGCACAUGUUGGUAGAGUACAGGCCCCUGCACAUAGAGUACAGGCCCCUGCACAUAGAGUACAGGCCCCUGCACAUAUUGGUGGAGUACAGGCCCCUGCACAUGUUGGUAGAGUACAGGCCCCUGCACAUAGAGUACAGGCCCCUGCACAUAGAGUACAGGCCCCUGCGCAUAAUGGUAGAGAACAGGCCCCUGCACAUGUUGGUAGAGUACAGGCCCCUGCACAUAGAGUACAGGCCCCUGCACAUAGAGUACAGGCCCCUGCACAUGUUGGUAGAGUACAGGCCCCUGCACAUAGAGUACAGGCCCCUGCGCAUAAUGGUAGAGAACAGGCCCCUGCACAUGUUGGUAGAGUACAGGCCCCUGCACAUAGAGUACAGGCCCCUGCGCAUAAUGGUAGAGAACAGGCCCCUGCACAUGUUGGUAGAGUACAGGCCCCUGCACAUAGAGUACAGGCCCCUGCACAUAGAGUACAGGCCCCUGCACAUAUUGGUGGAGUACAGGCCCCUGCACAUGUUGGUAGAGUACAGGCCCCUGCACAUAGAGUACAGGCCCCUGCACAUAGAGUACAGGCCCCUGCACAUAGAGUACAGGCCCCUGCACAUAUUGGUAGAGUACAGGCCCCUGUAUGACGUGCAGACAAUGCUGAGCGAUAACUUACAUGUAAAGGGACGUAACUGCAUUAGCCGGAUGAAAAACGAUCGCAGUUUCUAUAAUCUGACUGACAGAUGCAUUAUUUUUACUGAAUCGAACUCGUUACAGUGA